CAGCGUGGCUUGUUGGCGGAUUCGUAUUUGUACGGGGUUGCAUCGAUCCAGAAGGCAAAAAAACACUUUCAUUAAUAACAGCAGAUAGUUCGUAAUAUCUUUUGAAAAUGAGCAAAACUCAAAUGCUGAGAACGUUGGUACUGCAGCGUCUAAACGUGGCCGUCGAAGAGAUUUUCCAACUUUUUGAAAACACCAUAGCGGAGUAUGAGGAGGAAUUUUGCCGAGCCAAAGAGAACAACGUGCGACUACAAGGCGAACAAUUGGCCCACUCUGAUGUGGCAGCCAGCUUCGACGUGCAGCCGUUGGUGGACAAUCAAGAAGAGGAGCCAGCAAAUUCCUCAUGCGUUAAAGUAGAAGAACAAAACAUAUGGAGCAGUCAAGAUGCGGAGCAGCUUCCAGCGCUGAAGGAGGAACCUCAUGUAAACAUGUUGCCACCCCCUGAUGUCCAACUGAAGAGUGAAGAAGACAAAGGUCAGCCCUCGCAGCCUUGCCACAGUCAACAGAUAAACAGGGGUGGCAGAAUGCCAAGAAGAUGCAAAGGGAAACACUCGCAAUCAGGCAGCUAUGACUCGGGUAACAUGAUGUCACGCUCUUCAAAAUCUGAUCGCAGCAACCACCCAAAAGAAGCUCAGAAGACUCGUAAAAUACCCAAAGGUGAUUUGGCGCAUCACGCUCGAAAGAAAGAGAUCAUCUGCCCUGAAUGUGGGAAGGUUUUCGUCCACAGGGGAACUUUCAACAGACACGCGAGGACGCACACUGGAGAGAAGCCUUUCGGUUGCGACCGUUGUGUUAAAAGAUUCUACACAACCUCCGAUUUGAAGAUACACAUGCGAAGGCACACGGGGGAGAAACCCUUUGCGUGUCCGCUUUGCCCUCGUAGAUUCCCCGUCAAGUGGAACAGGGACAUGCACAUCCGCGCCAAGCACACAGGCGAGAAACCGUUCGCCUGCUCCAUUUGCCCUCAGAGAUUCACCUGCAAGUCGGCCAUCAAGCACCACAUGAAGGUCAAGCACGCGGACGGCAAGCUUUUCAAUUGCUCUCUUUGUCCCAAAACGUUUUGCUGUAAAAGCUACGUGAUAAUACACAUGAGGACACACACCGGCGAGAAGGCCUUCAGUUGCAACGUGUGCACGCAGGGUUUCUCGUACAAGUAUCAGCUGAAAAAGCACCGGUGCGCCGUCGUGGAAGCGGACACCUUGUCCUUACAUACAAACGCAUGAAUCCCUCUAUACAUACAUCCAAUAAAGAUUUGUUUCGAGGAUACAGUUCUCAUUUUUUUAUCUUGGUCAUUCCUUCAUUGUGUUUGUCAUAAAUUGAAGAAAAUUGUCAGAAAAGACACAAGUACAAUUGUUAAUGUACAUGUAAACUAUGGUUAAAGAUCAUAUUUGAAGAAAUAAAAAUGAAUCGAAUAAUAA